GACAUCUUCUCUCCAUCUUCCCUUCUGGAGCUCAACCACUUUCUCAUCCUCCGCCAUCCUCUAUUUAACAUCCUCUCCAUCUCGCUCUUUGCCAGAUUCCUUCGUGUUGCUCCAUCCUAUUUUCUUCAACCAUCCUCCUUGUUUCAUCUCUCAGCCUCAUCCCCUUAAGUGAACUGCUCCAAGCAGACCUGAACAAUGGCUGAGAUCCGACGAAAGCUCGUGAUUGUUGGUGAUGGUGCCUGUGGGAAAACUUGCCUCCUGAUUGUUUUCUCCAAGGGCACUUUCCCUGAGGUCUACGUCCCAACUGUCUUCGAAAACUACGUUGCAGACGUUGAAGUCGAUGGAAAACACGUCGAACUCGCUCUUUGGGAUACUGCUGGUCAGGAGGACUACGAUCGUCUUCGCCCACUCUCCUACCCUGACUCCCAUGUGAUUCUCAUCUGCUUCGCCAUUGAUUCCCCAGACUCUCUGGACAACGUUCAGGAGAAAUGGAUCUCUGAGGUUCUUCACUUCUGCUCUGGACAUCCCAUCAUCCUCGUUGGAUGCAAGAAGGAUUUGCGUCAUGAUGCUCGCACCAUUGAGGAAUUGCACAAGACUUCCCAGAAGCCAGUUACCCCCGAACAGGGUGAGGAAAUCCGCAAGAAGAUUGGAGCCUACAAGUACCUCGAAUGCUCUGCUCGAACCGGCGAGGGUGUUCGUGAGGUUUUCGAAUGUGCCACACGCGCAGCUCUCUUGGCCAAGACCGAGAAAAAGAAGAAACUCUGCAAGAUCUUGUAAAUCCAGUUACAACUAUUCUAGAUCCCCAUUUGCGUUGGCUCGCCUGACAGGACAAGCUUGAACGGCAAUUGGAAUCGUCACGCCUGGAUAGAUCUUCCCAUGGUUUCGGUAUGUCAUACCUGCAUCGAGGCCUUCUGGAUAGUUGCAGUCACUGGCAAGCGUGGUCAAUGAUUAACCUGACUAUGCAACUUGGUUGAUAUUUUCCUUUUUAUUGCGGAGUAUGUCUCUAGAGAUGUUCUUGUUCAUUGGCGUCGGGGCUGGUUCAAUUCUCGGUUGUUCGGCUCAUGGUUACCGCAGCUGUACAACUGUGAUGUGGCAGGACCUUGAGUGCUUUUCCGCCACUGAUAAUUUCCCAUGAAAAAGAGACUGCGAUAAAUGAGGCGAUCAUCUUUUUUCCUGUUCCUGUGUUUUGACUCUUUGGGAUUGUUGAGCUCCAAUAAUGUCUCGGGAGAAGGGAAGGCACAGUCAAUUAUUGGAAAAGGUUCGUUAUGGCAUAUGAUCGCCCUUUGAUUUAUGCGUCGCAGUGUUAUCCACAGAUUCGGCGUUUUUGCUCUCUUGCUCCUGUUAUGUCUACCAGUCUAGGAACUCUGUGACUACCACUUUACUCUUCGACCAUUUGAUGCUUCAAGUUUUCCUUUAAUAAUGCACGUCAUCAGGAAACUACAUACGCUUCCCUUCCAGGCCAUGUCCCCUUCCGAGUUACGAUUCCCCCAGGUCAAUCUGUGUUUCUGGUCGUCCCAUACCCCUUUUCAUGCUCCGUCCCGGUUGUAUCAUGCUUUUAAUUCUCCUCUGAGUUUUCUAUUUGGUUUGCUCGCUGCCGAUGAUUCAUUCCCUUUUAUCCACAAGGUGUAUUAGCUAUUUUCCAAACCCGGCGUAAUAUAAAUCCUGAGUAAUACUGGC